AGGGAUGGAGAAGACUGCGAAGGAAAGAAAGCUAUGGCUAUGAAGAACUUAAAGUGAAAACAUUAAUGAAAAGUUUUAUGGUGGCAGAUACACAUUCAAGUAGUGCAAUAAAAAGAGGCCUGCUUGUGUGGGUGGGUAGGUCUGGGUUUUUAUAGUGCUUUCAAGUCUUUGUUUCUUCUCUCUCCCUUUCUCUGUCUUUGGUGCAACUCCAAAGCAACACAAAAAUUAAACACUAAAUAUCACUCCUCUUCUUUGUCAACACACAAGUAUCUGAAUCCAAUGUAUGUAGGCAAUGAUGAUCUCGAUAGUGAAUGUGUAAGAGAGGGGGCCUCUUAAUUUGCAGGUUAAUUAACCAUCUUCACCAACCUUCCUCUUCACCAUAAAGACCCUAAAGAGAGAGAUAGAGAUAAGUCAUUUUCUAUUAUCUGCUCUGGUUUCUGCGGGGGUUUUGAUGCAAGUGAUAUCCAAAGAUAAAGUCAGAUUUGUUAUUGUGAUAGCUAUUCUGUUUUUUCUAGUAAUGGUUUGUUAGUUCCCUCAGUUUCUAUCUUUGUUUCAUUCUUGGCACUGAAAGAAAGAAAGAAACAUGGGUUUUCUAGUAAGGAAAAGAGGGCUUCUAGCUCCUCUCCUUCUAGCUCUUCUUCUUGUCCAAAGGUUUAGUGCUGUUGUAUCAGCCCUAAAUUACACAAGUUACAGGCAAGUCAGUAGCGUGAGACUUGAAAGGAUUCAAAGGCACUUGGACAAGAUUAACAAGCCUCCUGUCAUGGCCAUAGAGAGCCCAGAUGGAGAUAUUAUAGAUUGUGUUCAUAAGAGAAAACAGCCCGCUUUAGAUCACCCUCUCUUAAGGAAUCACAAGAUCCAGAGAAAUCCACCAGAAAGGCCUAGAGUGAAGAUGUUGAAAGAGGAAGAUAAAACGAAGAAGAGUAAUGUCGAAGAAGGUGUGAUAAGAGGUUCAUGGCAAAUGUGGCAUAGGAAUGGGACAAGGUGCCCUAAAGGAACCGUUCCGAUACGGCGGAGCACGGUUCAUGAUGUGUUGAGAUCCAAGUCUUUGUUCGACUUCGGCAAGAAAAAAGCACCAAUCUCUCUUGCUAGUCGACGCAAAGAUGCACCCGAUGUAGUUAGCGCCAAUGGACAUGAGCAUGCAAUUGCCUACAGUGGAUUCUCGCAAGAAGUGUAUGGAGCGAAGGCAACAAUUAACGUUUGGGACCCAUCAAUCCAAGUGGUCAACGAGUUUAGUCUAUCCCAGAUAUGGGUGCUCUCGGGAUCAUUCGACGGCUCAGAUCUCAACAGCAUAGAAGCUGGGUGGCAGGUCAGUCCGGAGCUUUAUGGUGACAGCAGGCCUAGAUUGUUCACGUACUGGACAAGUGAUUCAUACCAAGCAACAGGAUGCUACAACCUUCUCUGCGCAGGAUUUGUGCAAACGAAUAGCAGAGUAGCCAUUGGAGCUGCCAUUUCUCCCGUAUCAUUGUAUGCAGGAAACCAAUAUGAUAUUAGCAUCCUCAUUUGGAAGGACCCGAAGCUAGGUAAUUGGUGGAUGAGUUUUGGUGACAACACCCUCGUAGGAUACUGGCCAGCAGAGCUUUUUACACACCUAGCAGACCAUGCCACCAUGGUGGAGUGGGGUGGCGAAGUGGUGAACUCAAGGGCUAACGGCGAGCACACAUCGACCCAGAUGGGCUCCGGCCACUUUGCAGAAGAUGGGUUCGGAAAAGCAAGUUAUUUUCGGAACCUAGAGAUCGUGGACUCUGAUAACAGCCUCACCGCAGUCCAGAGUAUCUCAACGUUAGCUGAAAACACCAAUUGUUACAACAUCAAGAGCUCUUACAGCAAUGAAUGGGGCACGCAUUUCUACUAUGGAGGCCCUGGGAGCAAUCCACUGUGCCCAUGAUUGUCAUCGUCUUCUUGAAUUGAAAAUAUAUUUCUCUAGGCUCACGUAAAUCUCUCGUCCUGUCAAAUUCUUUGAAUAUGUAAGUAUGGUUGUGCUAUUUCCGUUUUUGUUUCUGCUAUAUCUCCUAUGUUUUUGUUUGUCUUGUGAGGAGGGAAGGCGUGUAGUCGUCGAAUAGGCAGAAGUUUAUAGCAUAAACAGGCACGGAAAUAGCAGUAUUUUGGCUGGCUAGGUAUCUCUCAUGUCAAUCUUUAGUCUUCUUGUAUGAAAUUGAAAACAGUGUACUAUCAUUUUUUGUGGGUUCAAUAGCUAAAGGUAACGUUUGUUCUU